UCGAAAUCUGGGGCUCGCGGGGAGCCUUCCUGGGAAAAGUGGGGUGGGAGAGAGCGGGGCUAUCAAAUCUUCGGCAACGGGGGAGGUUUUCCCGUCCAGUCUCAGAUUGGUUUCUCUCCUUUCUUCCCCAUACAAAAGGAAUCGUCUGAGAUUUCAGGUCUGCUCAUCUGGGGGAUAAGGAGCAGUUGUUUUUUUCCGUUUGUUCCUGGGUUAGGUUAAAAGAAGGGAGAAAAAAGGAAAGCGGAAAAGGAUGUCGACUCCUGCGAGGAAGAGACUGAUGAGGGAUUUCAAGCGGUUGCAGCAGGAUCCUCCUGCGGGAAUCAGCGGCGCCCCACAGGACAACAACAUCAUGCUGUGGAACGCUGUGAUUUUCGGCCCUGAUGAUACUCCUUGGGAUGGUGGCACGUUUAAGCUAACCCUCCAGUUCACAGAGGACUAUCCCAAUAAACCUCCAACUGUGCGGUUCGUCUCUCGAAUGUUUCAUCCAAAUAUCUAUGCAGAUGGAAGCAUCUGCUUGGACAUUUUGCAGAAUCAGUGGAGUCCCAUCUACGAUGUGGCAGCAAUUCUCACAUCUAUCCAGUCUCUUCUUUGCGAUCCAAAUCCUAACUCACCAGCAAAUUCUGAGGCAGCUCGCAUGUUCAGCGAGAAUAAGCGUGAAUACAACAGGAGAGUGCGGGAGAUUGUUGAGCAGAGCUGGACAGCAGAUUAAAUGUCAUUUAUACAAAAAUUGGAGUGUCUAAAGUAAAAGUUAGCACCUUUUCCAACUUUUACCACUACUAUACUACAAUGGGUCUCUCCAAUUAUCUUGGCAUUUUGUGUAUAAUAUGCGAUUUCUGGCUUGUAAUGCUCACGUUUGAUUUGCUGAAAAAUGGAUAACACUAUUCCUAUGCUUGGCAUAA